AUGGCUUGUGCCUUUCGGCUGCUGAGUUUAAAAUCAAUGCUUGUGCCUUUUCAUAGCUAUGGAAAGAGUUCAAUUCAGCUCUUCCUCAGUGGUCAUGGAUCCCCUCUUGACAACGUACCUCCGUUUACACGUAAACGACCCUUCUUUCAAGCCCGGCUCAGUUUGUCAGAAGGGACAGCAGCCUGUGCCCACGAAGAUGGUUUAACUCCUCUCACCAGUAACUUUGAUGCAAAUGUGCCGUUUAAAUUUUUCCUCUUAGCUUCCAGUUCCAGGCGUCUUUUAUCAGAUGUAGAAGAUCCAGACGAUCCAGAAAAUAUUGAAGCAGGGUGA